GCUGCAGCCCUCCACGUCGCCAACAGAGACACCCAACCGCUCUCUCCCCCUCACGAGCGCCACCCGCGUUCGAAAACUGAGCUCAGAAGCCCAAGAAAAGCGACCCCUCGGGCCUCACUGCCCCCCCACCACUGCCGCAGACGAGGAGUCCACCCCCGAUCCGGCCUUUCUACCCCCACGCCCCCAUCUUCUCCUCUCUCCCAGGGUGCAUACGGCGGUCGGGUCGCCGGAAUCGGUGCUGGUUUGGGUGUCUUCGAGCAGGGUUCAGGGUCAUGGCGGCGGAGAUGGUCCCUGCGGUGGCGGAGAGCGGGAGCGGGAUGCUGCGGAACCACGGGUGCGCGAGGGACAUCGACGUGUCCACCCGGAGGGCCGAGGAGGCCGCAAUUAGACGGCACGAUGCAGCCAGUUGGUUGAGAAAAACUGUUGGGAUCGUGUGCGCAAGGGACCUGCCAGAGGAGCCCUCUGAAGAGGAAUUCCGGCUUGGGAUGAGAAAUGGAAUUGUCCUUUGCAAUGCACUGAACAAGGUCCAGCCUAGUGCCAUACCUAAGAUUGUGGAAGCCCCCGCAGAUACUGUUGUGCCCACAGAUGGAUCAGCUUUGUGUGCAUAUCAGUACUUCGAGAAUUUGCGGAACUUUCUUGUCACUGUACAAGAUUUAGGACUCCCUACAUUUGAGCUAUCUGAUCUGGAGAAGGGUGGCAAGGGUGUUCGAGUUGUGGAUUGUGUUCUUUCUCUGAAGUCAUUCAGUGAAAAUAAGACAGUCGGGAGACAAACUCCAUGUAAAUAUGGUGGCAAUUUAAAGCCUUCAACAUCUGGAAAAUAUUUCAUACUCAAGAAUUCUGAUGCCUUUAUGAACAAGUUAAUUAGAAGCCACACAGCAGAGCCAAUUCAGAAUAUUUUUUCAGCUGAGCAAAACAUAGCAACUGAUCGUUGUCUAGAAUCCACUGAGAUGGCUACUCCAGAUUCCCUCGGCAUGCUUGUGCGUACGCUUCUCUUGGAUAAGAAACCAGAAGAAGUCCCAUUGGUUGUUGAGUCACUUCUAAGUACAGUUAUUAAGGAAUACGAGUGUCAGGUUUCAAACCAGCAUUUGAUGAAAUGCAUAAGUGACCCUAAAGGGACAGGGCCAUUCUCCACACCUGAUACUCUGGCGCUAGACCAAACUUCCAACAGUAAUCGAAUUAAGAUGGAUGAAGAGGAGUUAAGUUGCUUGAAGAUGAAGAAAGAUGUCGGCUCUGUAGUUCUGAAUGGUGGUUGUACAGAUCAACAGUUCCAAUCUGGGGCAGAAAUAAAAUGUGAUCUACAACAGAAACAUAUCCAGGAACUGAGAAAUAACCUUUCUUCUGUCAAGUCUGGAAUGGAACAAUUGAGAUUACAGUACUCCGAAGAUUUUACUAAAAUUGGAAAGCAUCUAAACAUCCUCUCCAGCGCGGCUUCUGGCUACCAUAAAGUUCUCGAGGAUAACCGCAAGUUGUACAACCAAAUACAGGAUCUCAAAGGAAAUAUUAGAGUAUAUUGUCGAGUGAGGCCUUUUCUAUCUGGACAAGCAAGUUCCUCAAGCAGUAUUGCUAGAAUGGAAGAAAGAACUAUCACUAUAAUCCCUCCCACAAAGUAUGGAAAAGAUGGGAGCAAAUCUUUUACUUUCAACAAGGUCUUUGGCCCGGCAGCCACUCAAGGGGAGGUCUUCUCAGAUAUGCAACCUUUAAUUCGUUCAGUUCUUGAUGGUUUCAAUGUUUGCAUAUUUGCUUAUGGCCAAACUGGAUCAGGGAAGACCUAUACAAUGAGUGGACCAGAUGUACUGAAGGAGGAAAGCAUUGGUGUUAAUUACAGAGCAUUAAAUGACUUAUUUAAUCUUCAAGCACAGAGAAAGGGGACAAUCAAUUAUGAAAUUUCUGUGCAGAUGAUUGAGAUCUACAACGAGCAAGUGAGGGAUCUCCUUCAGGAUAAAGGAAACAGAAGAUUAGAAAUUAGAAAUACUUCACUGAAAGGGCUUGCUGUUCCAGAUGCAAGCUUAGUUCCUGUCACAUCAACCUCUGAUGUUGUUGAGUUGAUGAAUCAAGGCCAAAAGAAUCGUGCAGUAGGUUCAACAGCCAUCAAUGACAGAAGCAGCCGCUCCCAUAGUUGCCUGACUGUUCAUGUCCAAGGACGUGACAUGACAUCUGGGGCAACUUUGAGAGGUUGCAUGCAUCUUGUGGAUCUAGCCGGUAGUGAAAGAGUAGAAAAAUCUGAAGUUGUAGGAGAUAGACUGAAGGAGGCACUGUACAUAAACAAGUCACUUUCAGCACUAGGAGAUGUGAUUGCGUCUCUUGCCCUGAAAAACUCGCAUGUCCCUUACCGAAACAGCAAGCUUACCCAGCUUUUGCAAGAUUCUCUAGGAGGACAAGCAAAAACACUGAUGUUUGUGCACGUAAGCCCGGAACCAGAAGCCGUGAAUGAGACAAUAAGCACCUUGAAAUUUGCUGAGCGAGUUGCCUCUGUUGAGCUUGGCACCGCAAAAGCAAAUAAGGAAGGUGGUGAGGUUAGAGAGCUGAAAGAACAGAUUGCUUGCCUCAAGGCAGCAUUGGCUAAGAAGGAAGGAGAACCAGAAAACAUUCCGAGCACACAUUCAAGCCCAAACAUAUGUAGAAUUAGCAGAGGCAAUGCAACACCUGCAUUCCCCAAAAACAGACAGCCAAUGGAAGAAGUUGGUAACCUAGAGGUCCGGAGCACCCCGAUGCAAAAAAAGCUAAAAUUUGAUUUGCCUGGCUCUGGCAUCCUUGUCGAGAACAACUCACCUAACUGGGUUGACAAUUGCAACGGUCUCCAGAAAGAAAUUGGAAUAGGUGGUUGGGUUGAUAAGGCAACAGUUGUUGAUAACCAAUUUCAGAAUGGCAAUUCCAUUCCAGAGCUGGAGCCUGAUCUCACCACCCAGCUCCCGACUUGCUUCUAUCAAAGAUACACUCCAGGGAAGCAAAGGUCUAGGGUUGAUUCAGUACCAGGCCAAGACUCGGAUGAAUUUGAUGCUGCUACUAGCAGUUUCUCAGACCGAGAAAGGAUGUUGUCCGCGAGUGGCCUGAAGGUUGUUGGUAUUUCCAAUGGAGGCCUUUCAAGUAAAAAGAAGCCUCAAGCAAACAAUGCUAACAAUAUGGCAAUGAGGACUACAAAUCAGGCAUGCAAGUCACCACCACAAUCACAGAAAAGGCUACAAACACCAAUCAGGAGUUCUGCUCAAAAGACACCAAUCAGGAGCUCUGCUCAGAAAGCACCGAUCAGGAACAGUAAGCAUCUUUUCAGUGGUACAGACGGAAGAACUCUGAAUUGUAGAAUCAGCAUAGCAAAGUAAUCUAUCAAUGUGAAGUGGAUUUUGUUUCCACCAUCCUCCUCUGGACCAGCAUCCAUUUUAACAGAAAGCUUUUUAUAGAAGUAUCUUCUGGAAACUCUCUGGAAGGAUCCACACUGUCCAGUGAUUUACAUUCAGUGGAUGAAUCAUUUUAUUAUAUCAAAGAUAGAUAGAAGAUCUCCAUGAGGACAGAAAGAAGACAAACAGGAUGGAACGGAUUUGAGACGUGUAUCUUCCACACUAGAAAUUACUGUUGUACCAUUUGUUCAUGAGCCAUGACAUCACCUUCUGCUUAGUUGCUUCUGAUAGUCAGGCUAUUUAUAGCAUUUUUACUUGUUUUCUUCACUAACAUGUAUCAAGUUAAAAUGCCAAUCUCAGGCAAAACUUCAGGAGCAAGAAUGUGAGGAAACUUCUGCUUAGUCAGGCAAUUUAUAGCCUUUUA